AUGGCCGAUACCAAGACUGCCGGCCAGCCCACUCUGGUCUUUGUUGAUGGAUCUUUCGAGGAUCUCGCCGCCGAGAUGGCCGAGUACCUCAAGGCUGAGGACGCCAAGCAGCUUCUGAGCCAGGAGAAGCAGCCUUCCAACGAGGAGGUUCUGUCCAAGCUGGUCUCUGCAUCUGGGGCCCUUAACACUGUCCCCGAGAAGGAGUAUACCGCCGCUUCCAACCUCAUGACCCAUUUGGUUCUGCAGUCCUCCGACCCCAAGAAGUUCCUGCCUACUCUCUGCACCACCUUUGCUAAGCCGCUCGUCAACUCUCCCGUUCACGGCGUUGGUCUGUCACUCAACGCCCUGACCACCGUCUUCAACCUGCUCGAACCCAGCAACCCCGUCCGCGCCCGUGUCUUUAUGGAAAUUCUCAAGUUCUUGAGGUCGCAUGCCAUGUUUGAAAGUCUGCGCACAUACCUCGAUAAGCUCCCCGAGUGGCUCGCUACUUGGGGAACCGAUGCCGAUUUCCAGCGAAAGAUCUACGAGGAGGUUGCCGAGGUUGCCCUUGAGGCUGGCGAGGAGCAACAAGCCUACGAGUACGUUGUCAAGGCCCUCAGAACAUUCGACGGCGACGCCAUCUCCUCCGAAGACGCCCAGAGAUUGUCCCUUCGUGCUGUCAAGAAGGCCCUUACCUCCAGCAACCACUUCCUUUUCCAAGAUCUCCGAGGCAUUCCCAGCGUGCAGGCCCUCAGCGACUCCCACCCAGUCUACUCGCAACUUCUCGAUAUCUUUGCUGAGCAGGACCUCGAGGACUACAACGACUUCAACGAUGAGCACCAGGGCUGGGUCGAGAAGGAGAGCCUGGACCACGAGAAGCUCCACCGCAAGAUGCGCCUCUUGACAUUCUCCAGCUUGGCCGCCUCCACUCCCAGCCGCGAAAUUGAAUAUUCCAAGAUCACCAAGGCUCUGCAGAUCCCCGAGGAUGAGAUUGAGAUGUGGGCUAUCGAUGUGAUUCGCGCUGGUCUCGUCGAGGGUAAACUUUCCCAGCAGCGUCAAAAGUUCCUCGUUCACAAGGUCACAUACCGUGUGUUCGGUCAAAAGCAGUACCAAGAAUUGGCCAACCGAGUCGACCACUGGAGGACAACUCUGCAGAACGUCCUUGGCGUCCUGCGCCAAGAACAGGUCAAUGCCAAGGCCCAGAAGGAGCGCGAGAUCCAGGAGUUGGAGCGAAAGGUCGCCAACGUUGGUAUGGGCGGUGCCCAGGACCGACGCCGACAGAACCAGAACCGGGAGCCUCGCGAACCUCGCGAACCCCGCGAGCCUCGAGAGCCUAAGGAGCGAACGGAAGAUGACGAUUAA